CCCACCACGAUCACAGGGCAGUCUUGAGCCACCGGUCUAUGCACCGAGUCCACGAGGCUCCUCCCCACCUCGAACCCACCGAUCAUCGCCGUCGCCGUCGCCGUACCCGUCUAAAAAUACCUCCCGAUCUCCGACGGGAUGUCAACUAUGGCUUCUCCCGCGCACCCGGCGCUCCACCGCCCGCGCCUCCGCUUCCGGCGGCCUCUUCGCGCGCAGCCACCGCCGCCGCCGCGGCUGCCUACUCCCUCUUUCUACUCCCGCCGUCCCUCCGCACCCCAGGUAUCCCAGUUAAGAACCACCGCGUCAAGACCUUCAAGGAGGCGUCAUGCUGUUCAAAUUGUCACAGCAUUUGAUGAUGAUCCUGGGGACUUCUCGCUGGCGCAUGAUGAUGGGGACUUCUCGCUGGCACAUGAUGAUGGGGACGAGCAGUUUGGUGUUGCUCCAUAUUCAAGUGAGAGUGAAUGGAGUGAUGAUGAUGUUGUUGUAUUGACCGCAGUCACGGAUGUUGAGUUGCCGAUGACAGUCAAGAGCCGGGCUGAGGGUGCACUAACUAUAGCUGCCCAUAGGCUCGCCACCAUUGACAAAGGGCAUAAGAAGAGUAGAACUCAACAAGGGCUGAUGAAUAAUGUUGGACUGAUUGCUUUCUUAGCAAUAUUACUUUUCUUUGUCGACUGGUGUUCUUGGAAGAUUGUUAGACUACCACUGGACUCCUUUUACUUGACACGCCCUUUUUUACAAUCAGCAGUUUUAUCAGCACUUGCUGGAUUUCUUUUUGCACCGGUCGCUGAUAGCCUGAAGAUCCACCAUUUCCGGAGGAGAGGAAAGUCUGUUUCUCCGUCAAGUAGAAAGCCAACCCCGGCAAUGGGAGGAUUAUUCUUUGUUCCUGUUGGUAUUUUUGUUGCAAAAAGAGAGGUUGGUUCCAACUCGAAUGGGGUUAAUGGAGCAGCUAUGAUUACCCUCAUAUUUGCGAUGGUUGGGUUGCUUGAUGAUAUUUCGAGUCUUGUGUCAGAUGGCAGUCAUAGAAUACCACAAUGGAUAAGGUUCUUGGUUCAAAUUGUUGCUGGCAUUUACUUCUCUAUCUGGUUGGGUUCUGUAGAUAUUUCAACACCAUAUAGCAUGAAAUUUCUGGUUCCUCUACCUCCUCCUUUUGGCCUUGCACUCAUUGGAAAAGUAUAUAUGGUUCUGGCUGCUACAUGUUCACUUUCCAUGGGGCCGGCAGUAACACUGGUUGAUGGUCUUGAUGGUUUGGCUGGUGGUAUUGCUGCUUUAGCACUCAUAGGACUAUCUGUUGCAGCUCUCCCGAUUUGCUCUGAAAUCAGUGUUUUUGGAGCAUCAAUGUCAGGUGCUUGCAUUGGCUUUCUUUUUCACAACAGAUAUAGGGCCUCAGUCGUUAUGAGCCGGGUUGGUUCUUUUGCACUCGGAGGAGCAGUUGCCACAAUUGCAUCAUGCAGUGGAAUGUUUCUUCCAAUGCUAAUAGCAUGCAGUCUCUUCUUUAUUGAGCUACUUUUUGCAAUAUUGCAGGUUCCUUUUCAUAUGGCUACAAAUUAUUUCCGCGGAACAAGCAGACAUCCCCUGAAAAUCCGUCCCUCUCAUUACUACCUCAGAUUGUUAGGCAUAAAAGAACCUUAUAUUGUGGCAGGUGCAUACAUGAUAUCAUGCUUCUUAACUCUGUUGGCAGGAUACCUUGGCCUUGUUUCAGCAUAGAUGAGUACACCAUUCUUUCAUUGUUUUCUUUUUCAGUUGUGGUACAUGAUAUAAUUCAGGCAGCCGUUAAUGCUUCAUUUUUGCCGGAUCUGUGUUUCAGUGAUUUGAAAUUAACAGACAUAGAGGAACUAUAGAGUGAGGCCUGUAGGAUUCCUCAAACAGGGACCGCGCCGUGUAUCCCGCUUGUACCGUGAGCUGUUGGUAUUUGGAUGUAAUUUGUUUGUGAGCUAGAUUAAUAGUGUUUCAUAAUUCAAAAUGUAUCUACUCAGGGAAAUCUUUCUUUUACAAUGGAUCAAUUAACCUUGAUCAAGAAGGAAGUUUAGAUGAA